UGGAUUUUUCCGUCCCCACCCUUGCGCCAUACUAUCCAUAGCCACUAAUAUCGUUUACUCUAAACUUCCUUUUCCCCCAUACACCCACACACAACUCUCUCUCUCUCUCUCUCUCCCCAUUUGCGAGAUUGUUUCUAACCUUAGGAAUUCCAGAACGCUGUUGUUUCUUCUCUGUUCUGUCACAAAAUUUCUGGUGGAGAGGAACUUAGCUAAUUGACUUGGAAUUCGUAGACAGCGUAGAAUGAGUAAUUACUGAGAACUGAAAGGUUUGGUUUUGGGACUGGUGGGGCGUACCCAUGCUAAUCUUAGUAGGAGGAAGUAUGCAAGGAACUAUGACUUCUCUGGUGAGUUUGGGAAGUAGUAUAGCGUCCGAAAGGUCCCACUCCUCUCUGUUUAGGAGAGUUUCUUUGUCUAAAGGAAAUUUCACGGUUAAGAAGAAGAGAUGGCACUGUGUGUCUUUGUCUGUCUGUAAAUAUUCGGUCACAACAACUGACUUCGUCCCCGAUCAAGGCAAUGCAGUGUCCCUUAAUCCAUCUAGUAACACCUAUAGAGGAGGAGGAGGAGGAGGAGGUAAAGGUGAUGAGGGUGAUGCAGGUUUCCUUCUUAAGCCUGCUCCUAAGCCAGUGUUGAAAUCCUUAGGGUCCAAGGGUGAAUCCCUUCCGGUCACUUGGGAACCAUCUGGAAUCAAUGGUGAUUCUUCUGAUGGUGAAACUUUAGAGGAUGCUGACGAGAGGAAUAAAGUGAUUGAGUCGCUGGGAGAGGUAUUGGAAAAGGCAGAAAGGCUAGAAAGUUCGAGAUUGAGCGAGUCUGGAAGCAAGAGAGAGAGUGGGUUUGCAAGUAAAUCUACAUCUACUACGAGUAGUAAUUUGACAAGUGGUAAACCGGCUCAAAAUUCUAAAACUUUGAAGAGCGUGUGGCGGAAAGGAGACACAGUCGCAACCGUCCAGAAGGUUAAGGGAUCAUCAUCGAAGCCUAGUAACAUGACUGGAAAGGAAGAGAUGAAAACAGGGCAAGGGGAAAAGAUAGACCCUGAAGCCCGUACUUCUUUUACACCCCGUCAACCACCUUUGAGACCUCAACCAAAAUUACAAGCAAAGCCUUCUGUAGCUUCUCUGCCUGUCAUAAAAAAACCUGUUGUCUUGAAGGAUGUUGGGGCAGUUCCAAAAUCUCCAGUCACCGAUGGAACUGAUUUAGAGUCGAAAACUACAGAACGUAAACCGAUUUUGAUCGACAAAUUUGCUUCCAAGAAACCGGUGGUUGAUCCUCUGAUUGCUCAAGCAGUUUUAGCCCCUCCACGACCAGGAAAAGGCCCUUCCACUGGAAGGUUCAAAGAUGAUUAUCGUAAAAAAAAUGCCUCAGCGGGUGGACCACGGAGACGGAUGGUUGAUGUGGACGAUGCUGACAUUCCAGAUGAGGUAUCGAUUCCUGGUGCAUCCAUCGCAAGGAAAGGGAGGAAAUGGAGUAAAGCAAGUCGAAAGGCUGCCAGACUUCAGGCUGCCAAAGAGGCAGCUCCUGUAAAAGUAGAAAUCCUUGAGGUUGGCGAGGAAGGUAUGCUGAUUGAGGAGUUAGCCUACAACUUGGUUAUUGGUGAAGGUGAGAUUCUUGGGUAUUUAUACUCAAAAGGAAUUAAGCCUGAUGGGGUGCAAACUCUGGACAAAGAUAUGGUGAAAAUGAUUUGUAAAGAGCAUGAUGUUGAAGUGCUGGAUGUUGAUCCCAUUAAAGUUGAAGAAAUGGCGAGAAAGAAGGAAAUUUUUGAUGAAGAAGACCUAGACAAACUACAAGACCGGCCUCCCGUUAUUACUAUAAUGGGUCACGUGGAUCAUGGGAAGACAACCCUUUUGGAUUAUAUUCGAAAGAGCAAGGUAGCUUCAUCUGAAGCAGGUGGCAUUACCCAAGGUAUUGGCGCAUAUAAGGUGCAAGUUCCUAUAGAUGGCAAGGUGCAGCAAUGUGUUUUCCUUGAUACACCAGGGCAUGAGGCCUUUGGAGCAAUGAGAGCUCGUGGAGCAAGGGUGACAGACAUUGCUAUUAUUGUAGUCGCUGCUGAUGAUGGAAUCCGUCCUCAAACAAAUGAGGCCAUAGCUCAUGCCAAGGCAGCUGGAGUUCCAAUAGUGGUUGCUAUAAAUAAGAUAGAUAAAGAGGGAGCAAAUGCAGAACGAGUCAUGCAAGAGCUUUCGUCCAUUGGUUUAAUGCCUGAAGACUGGGGUGGUGAUAUCCCAAUGGUUCAGGUUAGUGCUCUUAAAGGGGAGAAUAUAGAUGAUCUUUUGGAAACUGUCAUGCUCGUUGCCGAGUUACAAGAUUUGAAGGCUAAUCCUGAUAGAAGUGGAAAGGGCACAGUCAUUGAGGCAGGUCUUCACAAAGCUAAAGGGCCACUAGCUACAUUUAUCGUGCAGAAUGGGACACUUAAAGUUGGUGAUAUAGUAGUUUGUGGAGAAGCCUUUGGAAAGGUGCGGGCUUUAUUUGAUGACGGUGGAAAUCGUGUCAAGGAAGCUGGACCCUCUAUACCUGUACAGGUGAUUGGAUUAAAUCAUGUUCCAAUUGCUGGUGAUGAAUUUGAGGUUGUUGAUUCCCUCGAAAUUGCACGUGAAAAGGCUGAGUUGCGUGCUGAAUCAUUACGAAAUGAACGUAUCUCAGCUAAGGCUGGAGAUGGGAAGGUUACACUUUCUUCCUUGGCUUCUGCAGUUUCAACAGGAAAGCUCUCUGGAUUAGACUUGCACCAGCUGAAUAUUAUCCUGAAGGUUGAUGUUCAGGGAUCCAUUGAGGCUGUCAGACAAGCGCUACAGGUGCUCCCACAAGAUAAUGUCACCUUAAAGUUCCUCUUGCAAGCAACAGGUGAUAUAAGCUCUAGCGACAUUGAUCUUGCAGUUGCCAGCAAAGGAAUUAUUUUGGGAUUCAAUGUCCGAGCUCCAGGUUCUGUGAAAAGCUAUGCUGAAAACAAAGGUGUUGAGAUGAGACUCUACAGAGUCAUCUAUGAACUUAUUGAUGAUGUGCGGAAUGCAAUGGAAGGACUCCUAGAGCCUGUUGAGGAUCAACUAACAAUUGGUUCAGCUGAAGUCCGAGCCAUUUUUAGCAGUGGCAGCAGUCGUGUUGCUGGUUGCAUGGUGAUAGAUGGAAAAGUAGUAAAAGGCUGCGGCAUUCGGGUCAUUCGAAAGGGAAAAGUAGUUUAUACUGGCGUUCUUGAUUCAUUGAGACGAGUUAAGGAAGUUGUGAAAGAGGUAACUGCUGGACUAGAAUGUGGGCUUGGAAUGGAGGAUUAUGGUGAUUGGGAGGCGGGAGAUGUUCUCGAGGCCUUCAGUACAAUUCAGAAGAAGCGGACCCUUGAAGAGGCAUCGGCUUCCAUGGCAGCUGCACGUGAAGGAGUAGGAUCUGAACCGUAGAAAAGCAUGUGGCUAACAAAUUGCCUUCUAAGCUUUUUUCCUCGAGGAAUCCGUGUGCCUUUUUCCCUCAACACAGAGGCACCACUGUCCGAUUGGCGCUUCGGCAAUGCUUUCCCAGUAUUAAUUGGUUACUUCGCAUCACUUACAAUUGACUGGAGUGUUUCUGCCAAGGACAUGAGCUUCUAGUGGUUUUGCCUUUUGUUAUGUGCGCAUGAUUAUGUACAUAACGAUAUCAUAUUUAGCUUCUUUUUGUAAAGGGGAAACAUUUAUUCAAGCGGUAAAAUUUCAACAUGGACAAAGCUUUAUCAACUGCAUAAAGAAUUCAGGAAGAAAGUUAUAAGAUUCA